AUGCAAUACCCGGGAAGCUCCGAAGUCUCACAGGGUGCACAAGGCUCCAUCUUAACGCCCACAAGCGGAUCAGGGGUGAAGCACCGGCUUCGGGAAAUUGAGUGCAUUAUUGAUUCCGAACUCAAAGCGCUUCAGAGGCAGGUGCAACAGUUAAAAUCCCAGAAAAUUGUUCAAACGGGCCGAACAGAGGAAGUUGUGCAAGAAGCGAAGGAGGAAAUUUUGGCUGCGCUGCAGCAGUCAAAAAAGGAGCUGAAACAAUUUUUUCUCCAGCAAAAAACUGAAAAUCAGCGUCUGCACGAGAUGAUUCGAGCUCUUCGAAACGAAAAUUUCGCUCUGCAACAGAGCCAGCUAGCGCUUCAGCGCCGGCUGCAAACAGUGGAAGUAGAUUUGGGACAGUAA